AUGUUUCUCGCAUAUCCUAUGAAUGUACCACAUUACUCACUCUUCCCUCGUACUACACAGGGCAAGGUCGCUGAGCUGCGAACUGAGCUCCAAAGCGGCGGCAAGAAGGACAAGAACUACUCCGCCAAAAAGAUCGCCCUCAAGAAAAUUGUCGCAAAUAUGACUAUGAGCAAUAAUGAUAUGGUUGCACUGUUUCCCGAUGUGAUUGAGUGCAUGAAUCUGCCGAGUUUGGAGAUUAAAAAGAUGUGCUUCUUAUUCUUGGUGAACUAUUCGAGGAUCAAGCCCGAGGUCGCAUUAAAGGCCCUACCUACUCUGGUUGAUGAUAUGGGAGACAAUAACCCUCUUGUUCGAGCACUCGCUCUCCGAACCAUUUCAUACGUCCAUGUCCGCGAAUUCGUCGAGGCCACCUUCCAACCCCUUAAACGCCUCAUGCAGGACAACGAUCCUUAUGUCCGCAAAACUGCCGCUUUCUGUGUCGCCAAAUUAUACGAGCAUGACAAAAAGAUGGUUGAAAACUCAGAUUUGAUUGAUCGGUUGAAUCGGAUGUUGAAAGACGAGAACCCGACUGUCGUUUCUAGCGUUCUGGCUUCAUUGACGGAUAUCUGGGGUCGUAGUGAAUCUAUCUCCUUGACCAUCGACUAUACUAGUGCUUCAAAACUGGUGUCUAUUCUGUCGGACUGCUCAGAAUGGUGUCAGACCUAUAUCCUCGAGGCUUUGAUGUCUUAUGUCCCUCAGGAUACUGCCGAGGCGCUUCUGCUGGCAGAGCGAAUUACUCCACGGUUAUCCCACCAAAACUCUGCAGUUGUCCUGACAUCUUGCCGUGUGCUUCUCUAUUUAAUGAACUACAUCUCCGAUGAAAAGCACAUCACCUCAUUAAGCAAGAAAAUGUCACCCCCACUUGUCACCCUCCUCGCCAAACCACCUGAGAUUCAGUACCUGGCAUUGCGAAAUGCCAUUUUAAUUCUCCAGAAGAGGCCAGAAGUCCUCCGAAAUGACAUUCGUGUAUUCUUCUGCAAUUACAAUGACCCGAUUUACGUCAAGGUUACGAAGCUGGAAUUGAUGUUCAUGUUGACUACCAAGGAUAAUAUCUCUGUGGUUCUGGCGGAGUUGAGAGAAUACGCCACUGAAAUUGAUGUGCAUUUCGUACGCAAGGCGGUUCGCGCCAUUGGAAAGCUCGCAAUUAAGAUCGAGUCAGCUGCACGUCAAUGUAUCGACACACUGCUGGAACUCGUCGAUGCCAAAAUUCCUUACAUCGUCCAGGAGGCUACAGUUGUUAUUCGCAAUAUUUUCCGCAAAUACCCUAACCAGUACGAGGCCAUCAUUGGACAAGUGAUUAGCAAUAUUGAUGACCUUGACGAGCCGGAGGCUAAGGCCGCUGUCAUCUGGAUCAUUGGCCAGUAUGCAGACCGAAUUGAAAACUCCGACGGCCUCUUGCAAGACUAUUUGGCCACAUUCCAUGACGAAACAGUAGAGGUACAGCUGGCUCUGCUUACUGCCACCGUCAAACUCUUCAUCCAGCGGCCUACUAAGGGUCAACAACUGGUUCCCCAGGUACUUAAAUGGUGCACAGAAGAGACAGACGAUCCAGAUCUCCGAGAUCGUGGUUACAUGUACUGGCGCUUGCUUUCUACCGACCCCGCAACCGCCAAACAGGUCGUCAUGGGCCAAAAGCCACCUAUCACAGCCGAGAGCGAGAAACUCGACCCGCGCACAUUGGAAGAACUGUGUCUGAACGUGGGAACACUAGCCACUGUCUACCUCAAGCCUAUCCACCAAGUCUUCCGCGCAGCCCGAGCACGCCGCCUACAACCUAGCCCGGCCCUCCAGAGACCCCGCGUCGAAGAUGGCACAGCUAGCAUGCUCGAAUAUAACCCUCCGACUGCCAGCCUUGCCCCCGCAUCAACAAGCAAUAGCGGUCUCGCUACCAUUACUACUACCGGCAACCCAAUCAGCCCUAUUAAUGCCCCUCCGCCUCCUAAUUUCCCAGUUAGCGCCACUCCUCCGUCUGCAGGAGGCUUAAGUCCCAACUCUGCCGCUAUUCAUGCUGCAGACUCUUACUUUAACGGUGCUGGGUCGCAGCAGAUGGCGCAUAUGAAUCUUGGAGGACGUGAUGAUGGAGAUGUCAUUGGUAGCGGCGCGCCAAAUCAAUAUGUCGUGACGCAGAACUCACAGCAGGUAUACCAGCCUCAAAUGGCUGGUGGUGCAGCUACUGGUGAGUUGCUGUUGCUGUAA